GUGUCACCGUCCAUAAAUUCAAAGGUAGCGAGAAUGGAGUUACGAAUGCAUUAGAAGAUAAUAUUUUAGAAUUAGCAGGAAUUUGUUUAUGGAGAUAUUUAUCAGAAUUACGGAUACAAGUUUUAAAUUUGAGCCAUAAAUUACGUGGAAUGCACCACGGAUUGCAAAAGGAAUGGGAUAUCUGUUAUUUAUUGGUCACAAAAUACGUAUUCGUAUUUUUAUAAUGGUACUGUUCUUAUUUGGCCGUUUGAGUUGUUUCGUAUGGAGAAUAAUUCAGGAGGAAGCUUGAACUGUAUGUAAUAAAUGAUAAAUUUUACAGUUACGUUCAAUUGAGUCCAGUUAUAAAUAUAUAUUACAUCGGGUAUAUGGUGCACUAAAAACGUUACAUAAGAGUGCACACAAGGGAGGUUAAAAAUAUAAAUUUGAAACGGAAAGUGAAAGCAUUGUUAAAGCCAUGCUCAUUAUAAAAGUAACCAUCCACUUUAUGCAAAACAGUCGUUCCAUAAUUCUUAAUGAUGCGCUCCGGUCGAGACGCUCAAUUAGUGCAACGCGUACGUCGCAUCUAAUUAAAGGACCGCGCCAAAAGUAACCCAUUAUAUAAAUAAACCCGAUGCAGUAUUUGCCCACGUCUCCAAACAACAAGAAACGGCGGCACUCAUUCAUCGUCCCAUCGCAGGCUUGGUGCAGUCGAGGAUCCGCGGUCGGUCAAGCAUCGGUCGAAGAAGCGGCCUCUUCGUCGAGAGCGAAAGUACCACGUGGUGCGAUCAGUACGCGACGCUCUCUCGUUUCUGGUGCACGCGCGACACCAUGCAUCGAAGGUGGCUGCUGAUCGGUGUGGUCGCGUGUUUGACCGUCGCCGAGGGUGGGUGCAGGAGACAUUACGCCGGCCAGCAUCGCCACGGCUACAGGGAAGUGGCGCAGGGGGUGCAGGACAUUGACAAGUACGUGGUGGUCGAUGCGAAGACGGGGAUCCAGUACAAUCCGUACAGUAAACAUCAUCCGGGGAGGCACAUGUGUCCCAAUCACAAACAGAAUCAGCCGAUGAAAACUCAGAAAGCCUUCUGCAAGCCUGUUUAUAAAAAGUAUACUGUUCCUUGUGCCAGUGGCACCACGCAACUUUGUACAGCCCUCAAAGUGUCCUAUGAGACCCAUUACAAGGACGUGUACCUCCCGCAAAACACCAACGAAGUCACAUACUCCUGUUGUCCAGGUUGGACGCAAAUCAGCAACAGAAGUCACGGCUGCAACAAACCGAAAUGCACGAAACCAUGCUUGAACGGAGGAAAAUGCGUGAAGCCGGAGCUGUGCGGAUGUCUGAAGGGAUUCAGCGGUGUUCAAUGCGAAAUUGAACAUAGGAAACCCGUCUGCAGCAAGGGGUGUGAGAACGGCGGACGGUGCACCAAAAACGAACAUUGCAGCUGUCCCAGAGGCUUUGGUGGCGCUCAAUGCGAGAUAAACUUAAAUAAACCGUACUGCACUAAGGGAUGCCAUAAUGGGGGUACUUGUGUAAAACAUGAGACCUGUAAAUGUGUCAAAGGCUUUACAGGUCGUCACUGUGAAAUCGACAUGGAUGAAUGUAAAGAAGAGAAACCUUGUGAUCAAAUUUGCCAUAAUACUUAUGGAAGUUAUAACUGUCAAUGUAGGGAAGAUUUUGUGUUAUUGGCAGAUGGGCAAUCAUGUCGAAAAGAAGAGAAUGAUACCCCUAUAGAGGCUAAUGGAAUGGAAUUUGAGGAGUUUGAUAAACGAUUAUCGAAACUUGAAACUAUGAUGGAUGAGAGCCACAAAAAUGAAGUCUCCAAAUCAGAUAUACAAAAUAUCUAUAAGGACAUUGAAGAAAUGUCAAAGGACGUAUAUGCAUUAAAAAGCAAAGUAGAUGACAUGGAGAAUUACAAAAGAGACAUGCAUACCUUUAAAAAUAAAUUGAAUGAUAUAGAGAGAAAAGCUGAUAAAGUAAAUGAUAUGGUUUCGUAUCAUUAUGAUGGACCAAGACAUUGGGCAACUAAGUUUAUUUAAAAUUUGACUGAAAAACAAACUCAUUGUGUAUAUGUACGUAAAUUAUAAAAAAUAAUUUUAAGAAGCUAGUUUUUAUUUAAUAUUUACACUGCCAACAAAACAUAAGUUUUAUAUAUAAAAUAUAACUAUUUUAUAAAA